GUCUUUCCAGGGGGCUAUGCUGAUCUGGCCCAGGGUUGUUUGUGGGAGUACCAUGUGCCGCUUAGCUCACCUGGUGUUCUGCUUCUCUUGAGCUGGUAGAAUCUGGCAUCUGGCGGCGCAGGAGCCCUCCUGGUUUCUCCACUUACCGUAGAGUGGGGAUGCUAUGCGCUAGCUGGGACUGUAGAGGAGUCGGGGUUUUGCCUCUUCUUGGUGGUUUUUCCUGUAAGGUGUAUCUCCAACGUCUCUCCAAGAUUCUACUUUAGGAAGCACGCUUUCUGGUUCCUCCUUCUAGUCGCCAUCUUGGAAUCUCCUCCAGAUUUCUUAUGCUAAUAUACAAAUUGGUUUAAAUGAUACAGGUGUCACAUUCUGUUACAGACAUCCAGGGAUGAGUUUCCAUGUGGCUUUACUUCACCUACCAACAGAGGGAGUCUGAGCACUGACAAAGACACAGCUUAUGGAUCUUUUCAAAAUGGACAUGGAAUUAAAAGGGAAGAUUCUAGAGGUUCCCUUAUCCCAGAAGGAGCAACAGGAUUUCCAGAUCAGGGCAGCACUGGUGAAACUACUCGACAGAAUUCUACAAGGAGUAGUAUAUCCCAGUAUAACCGGCUGGAUCAGUAUGAAAUCAGAAGCCUCUUGAUGUGCUACCUAUAUAUAGUAAAAAUGAUUUCUGAAGAUACUCUCUUAUCUUACUGGAAUAAAGUAUCUCCCCAGGAGCUCAUAAACAUUCUUAUACUUCUAGAAGUAUGUUUGUUUCACUUUAGAUAUAUGGGGAAAAGAAACAUAGCAAGGAUACAUGAUGCCUGGCUGUCAAAACACUUUGGAAUAGACCGAAAAUCACAAACUAUGCCAGCUCUUCGAAACAGAUCGGGGGUAAUGCAGGCCCGGCUUCAGCACCUUAGUAGCUUAGAAAGUUCAUUUACACUCAAUCACAGUUCUGCAACAACUGAAGCAGACAUUUUCCACCAGGCACUUCUUGAAGGCAAUACUGCUACUGAAGUUUCUCUAACAGUCCUAGAUACCAUAUCAUUUUUCACCCAGUGCUUCAAGAACCAACUUUUAAAUAAUGAUGGCCACAAUCCAUUAAUGAAAAAAGUCUUUGAUAUUCAUCUUGCUUUUCUUAAAAAUGGACAGUCUGAAGUGUCACUGAAACAUGUAUUUGCCUCUCUAAGAGCAUUCAUCAGUAAGUUUCCCUCCGCCUUUUUCAAAGGAAGAGUAAACAUGUGUGCUGCAUUUUGCUAUGAGGUUUUAAAGUGCUGCACCUCCAAGAUUAGCUCAACCAGGAAUGAAGCAUCUGCACUUCUGUAUCUUUUGAUGAGAAAUAACUUUGAGUACACCAAGAGGAAAACCUUUUUGAGGACACAUCUUCAGAUAAUUAUUGCUGUAAGCCAACUGAUAGCUGAUGUUGCACUAAGUGGAGGGUCAAGAUUUCAGGAGUCUUUAUUCAUUAUCAAUAAUUUUGCAAAUAGUGACAGACCUAUGAAGGCAACUGCUUUCCCCACAGAAGUCAAAGACUUGACCAAGAGGAUCCGCACCGUUCUAAUGGCCACUGCCCAAAUGAAGGAACAUGAGAAAGACCCCGAAAUGCUAAUUGAUCUCCAGUUUAGUUUAGCAAAGUCCUAUGCCAGCACACCAGAGCUCAGGAAAACCUGGCUUGAUAGCAUGGCCAAGAUUCAUAUAAAAAAUGGAGAUUUUUCAGAGGCUGCCAUGUGUUAUGUCCACGUAGCAGCUCUGGUUGCCGAAUUUCUUCAUCGAAAGAAAUUAUUCCCUAAUGGAUGCUCAGCCUUCAAGAAAAUUACUCCCAAUAUAGAUGAAGAAGGAGCAAUGAAAGAAGAUGCUGGGAUGAUGGAUGUACAUUAUAGUGAAGAAGUUUUGCUGGAGUUGCUAGAACAAUGUGUGGAUGGCUUAUGGAAGGCAGAGCGCUAUGAAGUAAUCUCUGAGAUUUCCAAGUUGAUCAUUCCAAUUUAUGAGAAACGUCGUGAGUUUGAGAAACUUACUCAAGUUUACAGAACUCUUCAUGGUGCUUACACAAAAAUUUUGGAGGUUAUGCACACCAAAAAAAGACUUUUAGGUACUUUCUUCAGAGUUGCCUUUUAUGGCCAAUCUUUUUUUGAAGAAGAGGAUGGAAAGGAAUACAUCUAUAAAGAGCCAAAGCUCACUGGACUCUCAGAGAUUUCCUUGAGACUUGUUAAACUUUAUGGUGAAAAAUUUGGUACAGAAAAUGUCAAAAUAAUUCAGGAUUCUGACAAGGUAACCUAUACCCUGCACUUUGAAAUUGUUAUUUAUUAAUUCCAGGAUUAGUGCAUUGCUCCUGAUUUUUUUCAUUUUUUUACCUGGUGGAGGUGAAUCAUGGAAAUAGAACAUUCUAGAUAGUAGAACAAAGAACAGAAACCAGGUGCCAGUGAUACAUGCCUGUAAUCCUAGCUAUUUGGGAGACUGAGAUCCAGAGGAUCCCAGUUCGAGAUGAGCC